AUGGAGGAUUCUAAGGUCGAAGAACACAAAGAGAGUUUUGUACCUAGCGCGUGUAGUGGAGCUAAUGCAUGUAGGGAAUUAGCUUUGGAUUAUUCACAUGAAUUUACCACCCAUGAGGAGUUUGCAACAAGGGACAAUUUAGUCACAUGGGUGCACGAAGUACCCGGUCAAGACGACAAAGGAAAGGGAAAAAGGCAAACAGCGUCAAAGAAAUGUGAGUGUCCGUUUGAGUUGAAGGGCCAAAAAAUGGGCAUGGAUGAUGAACAAGUUGGGUGGGUGUUGACAGUUGAAUGUGGUAGUCACAACCACUCAGAUUUUGAAAACUUUCAAGGCCACUCAUAUGCUGGAAGAUUAACAAGUGAAGAGCUGACACUUGUAGAAGACUUGUCAAACGCAUUGGUGAAACCAAAGGCAAUCUUAUCAUCACUAAAGUUGAAGAAUCCGACAAAUGCGUCUUUAAUUAAGACGGUUUACAAUGCUCGUCAGAAGAUCCAGUUCAAAGAGAAUGCUGGUAGAACUCAAAUGCAAUUGUUGAUGUUGAAGUUGUCCGAAAAUAACUACUUCGAGUAUCACAGAUAUUUAAAGGAGACUGGGCGAGGUAAUGGACUUGUUGUGGACCCACCCUACGUGCAUUAA